AUGUUGAGGGAGUGUACAGGGAUAGAUAUCAACUGUGCAGAUGUUCGCAGCCCCCAGCAGUCUCGGAGGAGUGAUACGAUCAGCACGGGCAGGAAUGGCAAACACUCUGCCAAACACCUUCCAGACGGCAGCUUAACACUAAGGCCCCCCAUGAAGGAGCGAGCUGUGCCAGAGUCCGUGACUCCAGAAGCCACCAAAACCAGGAAGGUUCACUGCACUGCUGCAGAGGAUGUUCAGCGAGGAGAAAAGGUGAAAUACAGACAGCUCUUGCAGCUGGUAAAGGAAAAAUGUGCUGGGAUCCACCCUCCUCCUCAGCUGACAAGCCAUCCUGUGGUGUCCUGGGUUCAGGCAGAUCCCUCCGGCAAGCAUGGAGCUCAACGCUCAGAAGAGGCAGUACACCAACUACAUCUGGCACCUCUUCUGCCCAGAAAAUCAGCUGGCCUCGAGGCUGAAGAAAGCAAAGUCCCAGGAGUGGAGAAACCAUCAGAAGGCUCUUCUGUGCUCACAGAGGCCUUGGAGAAGGAGGUCUGUGAUGCCUUUGGCAGAGGGGACCCCGAUGAGAUCGUGAGCAGUGCCUUCAAGCUGAAGGUCACCCGUGAGGACAUCGGCACCCUGAGGGAGCAUCGCUGGCUGAACGAUGAGGUCAUCAAUUUCUACAUGAAGCUCAUUGCGGAAAGAAGUAAGAAGGAGGGAUUUGCAGCAGUCCAUGCCUUUAGCACUUUCUUCUACCCAAAAUUCAUCUCUGGGGGCUACUCAGCUGUGAGAAAGUGGACCAAAGGUGUGGAUCUCUUCCAGCAGGACCUCAUCUUCGUGCCCAUUCACCUGAGGGUGCACUGGGCCCUAGUGGUGGUGGAUGUCAGAAGGAAGACCAUCCGGUACUACGACUCCAUGGCAAAGAGCGGGGACAAGAUUUGCCAGACUCUGUUCCAAUACCUGCGAGAAGAAAGCCUGGAGAAAAGAAACCUGGAGCUGGCUUCUUCAGAGUGGACUCUUCGCAGCAUGGAAUCCCAUGAGAUCCCUCAGCAAUCCAACGGAAGUGACUGUGGGGUGUUCAUGUGCAAAUAUGCUGAGUACAUCUCCAGGGACAGAGCCACCACCUUUACUCAGAACGACAUGCCUGCCUUCCGCAAGACGAUGGUGUGGGAAAUAAUCCAUCAGCAGCUGCUAUGAGACCUGCACUGUUAGACCUACACUGUGAUCACCUGCGGCUGACUAACUCCCACUGUAGUUACUGUGCUAGGAUCUUAGAUUGGGAAGGCAGCAGGCACACAGAUUUGCCUGCUUAGUCUAUCAAGUAAAGGAUAAGUUUAGGAGUUCGAGUUUAGGAGAGAAGUUUUGGAGUUCGAGUUUAGGAGAUAAGUUUAGGAGAUAAGAUUUGGAGUUUGAGUUUGGGAGGGUAGCUUAGAGGAUAAGUUAAAGGUUUUCUCCUUGGGUUUGGAGACAGUUACUCUCUUUCUGAUUAGCUGGGGGGGCUGUCUGUUUUGUUGGUUGCUCCCCCCUCCCCUCCCCCUCUCUGUAUCCAGGCAGUUAUCUAA